AUGCUGGGGAGCUGGUUCGUAGCGAUCGCCUCGGCUACGGGGGUCUCUGCGGCCUCGGCGUGGUCAGCACUUCCUUUGCGGCUUGGGGAUGAACACCGUAGCCAUGCAGGGUCGCUCCCGGCGUUUCAAAUAUUCCACGAGAUGAUCAAGGCCUUGGACGACAUGCAGGACACCUACUUCCAGCGCUGGAUUGGAACGUGGCCCGAGGGGAUCGACUGGACUCGUGCCGUGAUGAGCACCCAUGUUGCCGCUACGCUCCGGACCAUCUCGGACGAGCUAAAAAUCCCUCUACCUCACGAGGCUGCCGAGUGUGCCCUCAGGAAGGACGAUGUUAUCUCUGGUUAUUUUGCGGAUAUCAUCGCCUACUACUUCGCCGAGGAUGCCUUUGCCAUUCGCAACGAGGCCUACGACGACAUGCUCUGGGUGGUUCUGGGCUGGCUCGAGUCCAUCCGGUUCGUCGAUGAACGCAGAACAAUUCUCUCCAGGAAGGCCUCUCGGGGGCUGGCGGGCAUACCCACCGCCGAGGCGUGGUAUGGAAGUCGCUGGGUACCCGCCUUUGCCCAUCGCGCGAGGAUAUUCUGGGAACUAGCAGCCAAGGGAUGGGACACGGAGCUCUGCGGAGGGGGCAUGAUUUGGAACCCGCGCCUCAUGCCAUACAAGAAUGCCAUCACAAACCAGCUGUUCAUCUCUGCAUCGAUUGGCAUGUAUCUGAACUUCCCAGGCGACCCUAAUACGUCCCCUUUCUUCGGCACCAGCCCCGACUCGGGACCCCAUAAUAGCCACCGCAACGCCGCAUGGCAGCCGCACGAUCCCGUCUUCGCCCGGGCUGCCCAGGAAGCACACAAAUGGCUCGCCUCCUCCAACAUGAGCAACCCGCAGGGCCUCUACAUAGACGGCUUCCACAUCUCCACCAACACCACCCGCUGCGACUCGCGCGACGAGAUGGUCUACACCUACAACCAAGGCGUCAUCCUGUCGGGCCUACUAGGCCUAUUCCAAGCCACGGGACUCGAACACUACCUGCAGGAAGGGCACACGCUCAUCGGGAACGUGAUCCGCGCGACGGGAUAUUCCUUAGCCCGAAACGCACCCGUCGACGACAUUCGCCACUUCCGCGGGGGGCAGCUGCCCCCCUGGCGCGGUCUCGGCCGAGCCGGCGUGCUCGAAGACGCGUGCGACGUGUUUGGCUCCUGCUCGCAGGACGCCCAGACCUUCAAGGGCAUCUGGAUGCACCAUUUUGCGACGUUCUGCUCGCCCGCUGCGCUGCGCUUCCUCCACGCGCCCGAGGGUGAGGGUGAGGGUGAGGGUGGCGGUGGGCUGGACGGUGCGACGACGGCGGAGGGAAUCAGAGCAAGACAUGCGGGCAAGUGUCGGCGGUAUCUCCCCUGGCUGAGACAUAACGCCCGGGCGGCGAUGGGGACGAGGGAUGGGAGGGGGCUGUUUGGGAUGUGGUGGACUGCUGGGCUGCUCCGGGGGUUAUCGAGUGAAAAUAUGGAGCUCGCGGGGGAUGCGCUGCCGCAGUCAUCGGAAGGCGAGGAGGGCGUGGUGGAUUAUCGGAAUCUUGGGGUGCCGCGGGACGCGGUGUGGAUGCGGAAUCCAAUCGAUCUUCAUCCUCCUGUAGGGGAGGAACCGUUGUCGCUGCCGUUGCCGCUGCCCGGUCAGAAACCCUUGAGCAGCAGUGGGGGCCGACACGGUUCUUCUAGGGGAAGUAAGUCGCGUGCUGUCAGAGAGGAGAGGGGUCCGUCGCCGGGUGUGGAGGCUGGUGCUUCUACUUCGGACCCGAAUCUUCGCGGGCGAGGAAGGACGGUAGAGACGCAGGGCGGCGGGCUGGCGGUACUUAGGGCGUUGUGGGUUGUCUCUAGACAUGAGUUAUGA